AUGACAUCAAUUCCCAUCUCAGCCUUGCUUCUAGGCCUCGCGGCUUCGGCUUUGAGUUUGAGCUUCAAUGUUCCGAUAUCCCCGCCUUCAAAUUCUAGCCAGCAGCUCUCUGCAGCUCCAGUUGGUGUAUCUCUGGAGUUCUUUGCGUUCCCUGAGUACAUUCAAGAGGUCGAAUCAACGAUGACAUGUCUGCAGAACCUCAAGGAUCUGACAGGAACAUGGCCUCCUAUGCGGAUCGGAGGCACAACACAGGACCGCGCGAUAUACAAUAGCUCAUCAACGGAAGCUGUCACUUAUACAGUGGCCAGCACAGGUGCUGCGCCCGAGACUCUGACUUACGGACCGUCCUUCAUCUCUUUGGCUGCAGGCUAUGCCGGAGAAGUUAUAAUUGGAUUGAAUCGUCGUUUGGACGAUAUCUUGAACACAAUUUCGGCCGCGCUUCUCGCCCAGAGCAAAAUGAACAAUCUAUACUCCAUUGAACUGGGGAAUGAGCCCAACUUUUUCGUUGACAGCGAUCCUAUUGCCAAUGGUGUAUCCUGGACAGCUGCAGCUGAUGAAUCAUCCCAAGUCACCUGGCAAGAUGCGAUGUGCGGAAAUCUCUCUGCAACUGAUAUCAUCUCAGCAGGUGUCUACUUUGGCACUUCGCCCAUGAGCCUCGCUAGCCUUACCGCGAAAGAGAGUGAUGCGAAUGACUAUGUGAAGGAUUAUUGCUCUCACAACUAUCCCCAGUCAUCUGGCUCCUACGACCUUGCUACUCUUAUGGGCCACAGCAGUAUUGCCACCCAGAUCAAGCCUUAUGCUACUGAAGUUUCUGCAGCUGCUGAAAAAGGCAAACCGCAUAUCUUCGGCGAGACUAACUCGGCAACCCAAGGCGGUGGUGGUAUCAGCCCGACUUUUGGUGCUGCGCUCUGGAUCUUGGACUACGUGAUGCAGACCGUCCUCAUGGGCACAAAUGCCCUCUACUUCCACCAGGGUACCGUUGGAAACUGCCAAUACUGCUGGUGGGGCCGCUACGACAUAGGAUCCCCUUACUACGGUGCUUACUUCGCCAGCAUGGCGCUCGCCAACGCCGACCAGAUUGCGCCUCUGGAUAGCCAAGAUACAGCAUAUGCAGCCUACGCCCUCUACAAGGCUAGCGUUCCUGUCCGGGUCCUUCUCUACAAUUCCGACUACUAUAUAUCUACCAGCGGAACACGGUCCUCGCAAAUAUAUACACUGUCUGGGCUUUUUUCCUCAGGCGUUACUGCUAAACGACUGACUGCUCCCUAUGCUACGUCUCGGGUCGAUCAGGGUCAGAACCCGACCGUUGCGGGCCAGACAUUUGCCAACGGCACUUGCAUUAUUCAGGGUAUAGAGAGCAUAGAGACAGUCACUGUCUCUGGCGGGAAAGCAACCUUCACUGUUGCAGCUUCGGAAGCUCUUCUGGUUUACCUGUAA